AUGUCAAUUGUGACCCUGCGAGUAAAUAUCCUAGCAGUAGCACUAGUAAACGCUUCCCCUUCCGGAUAUGCUCGACCUUCAUAUGUAAAAGGUGGUGAUGCUGGUGGUGGUGUUAGUGGUGGUGUUGGUGGUGGUGUUGGUGGUGGUGUUGGUGGUGAUGUUGGUGGUGAUGCUGGUGGUGAUGAUGGUGGUGAUGGAGCAGGAAUGAUAUAUGAAGGAGGACAACCUAGUCCAAGGAAUGGAGGAGGAGGAGGAGGAUAUAAUUAUCUGGAUGCUAAAGAUGGAAGCAGCGAUUACGGUGCCAAAGGAGCUAUGGCACCUCAACCCCUCCCACCUCCACCUCCACCUCCCCCGCAGCCAAGCGCAGGAUAUGCAGCCGGUGGCGGUGCAAGAGGUCAACUGUCGUAUGGACGUCCGAGUUAUAGCUAA